CUGGUGCUUGCUUAAAAUGGCUCGACGGGUGCUGCUCAGUCGGUUGUCGGCUACCAAGCGUCGAACUUGUAUUUUUCGUGCUUCUUCUCCAACAGUUCUAUUACAGUGGCGUGCUAACACCAUGUUGAGUACAGAGAAACCCACAUCAGUGGUUAUGAUUCCACAAGGAAUCGCCGUAGCAACUACAGCCGCAGUAGCUGCAGCAAAAACUUUCAAACCACCGAUGCCAACAGCAGCACGUUGCUUUGCAGUACAAAAACACGCAGAGCUCAGUGUUGAGGAGCAAUACGAGGAAUGUAUUAGUGAUCUAAAUACGCUGCAAUCGAAUGCGAUAACGAUACGUCGCUCAAUUUUGCUGAAUAAUAAACAACUACCACUAACCGAUAUGUAUAAGUAUAUGGAGCGAAGCGGCCUUAGUUUGGAAGAAUUGGAGAAGCUACCUUUCAUACACGUGUCUGGCACCAAGGGGAAGGGCUCAACUUGUGCUUUAACCGAAUCCAUACUCCGUGCACAUGGCGUCAAAACCGGCUUCUUCAGUUCACCACAUUUGCUAUCAGUGACAGAGAGACUACGGCUCAACGGCCAAUCUAUAUCGAAACAGAAGUUUGUGCGUACCUUUAGAAGGGUCUAUGAUCGCCUACGCAACCGACAACAGUACGAGGGUGAUAUGCCGGCAUAUUUCAAGUUCCUGACGAUACUUAGUUUUCAUGUAUUCCUCGAAGAAAAGGUGCAGGUCAUCAUAAUGGAGGUUGGCAUUGGCGGCGAAUUGGACUGCACGAAUGUGAUAAGAAAUACCCAAACAAUCGGCAUUACAUCACUCGGCCUCGAACAUACACAUCUGCUUGGCGAUACUCUGCAUGAAAUCGCGUGGCAAAAGGCGGGCAUAAUCAAAGACAACGCAGAUGUUUACACAUCUGUAACACAAAAGGAGUGCCUAGACGUGAUCAACGAGCGGGUGAAAGAGCACAAUGCCAAUUUACACAUAGUUCCUGAAUAUCGAAAAUAUUUCCGCAGACCAAAAAUUGAAGAGAUGCUCGCUAAUCUCAAUGAGGUCAUACAACUUAAUGGUUCUUUGGCCAUACAACUUGCCUACGAUUGGUUACGCAAGAAUGGCUAUUCACGCUAUAAACAAAUCGAGCCUACAGAGCUAACAAGCGAAGUGGAAAGAGGUUUGCAGCAGUGCAAUUGGCCGGGACGUUGCCAAAUUUCAUGCAUUGAAAAUUUUAACUUCCACAUCGACGGCGCACACACCGUGGAGAGCAUACGCGUUUGCUGUGACUGGUUUAAGCGUGUAACCGAGAAGAGCACCAAUCCGCGUAUUCUCAUUUUCAAUACAACCGGCGAACGUGAUUCGCGUCGCCUACUCGAGGUUCUGUAUGCAAGCAAUGAGUUCGCGAUCGCUUGCUUUGCACCUAACAUUUCCUCUGGCGCAUCAAAUCAUAACGACAACACUUCGGUUUAUAGCAUUACCGAACAGCUGAAGCGUGCGCGUCUGCACUCGAGCAUUUGGUAUCAAUUCUGUAUGGAGUCGGAGGAAGCGGAUACGUCGAAAACAUUCGGUUCGAUCCUCGAUUGUCUGCAGCAUUUGCGUGCGGUUUAUGACACACAACAGCCAGUGGAUGUGUUGGUUACCGGUUCGUUACAUCUGAUUGGCGCUACAAUGGCGGCAUUCAAAGAUUUUCAGCACAGAUCUGUUGCGCAUGCGUAGAGUAUGAUUAACAUACAUUUGUAGUUUAAAAAAUAUUCGCGUAUGCUCGGCAUAUCGAUUCCGAAAAUUUUGCUCUGAAUCGUAGAGAAAAACGGGCGUCCUUUUGAUUCCGAAUCAUACAUUUUGGUUUCAAAAGUAUUGCCGCUAAGUCGUCGGAAUCGAUUCGAUCAUACUUAGAAUUUCAAAAAACCAACAGAUAAAGGUGGAAGUGCUCCACAAGUUACAUAUCAUAAAAUUUA